AUGGAAAAGUUUCGCCCAGUGCUGGAUUUCAUAGUCAAUCACCAGAAGAUCUUGGGCUAUGGGGCAGUGUCUCUACUGACUGCAGGUGGUGAGCGUAUCUUUUCUGUGGUGGCGUUCAAAUGCCCAUGCAACUCUUGGAAUAUGCUUUAUGGUGGUGUGUUUUUGCUGGUGCCAGCCCUUAUUCUGUUUCUGCUGGGCUUGCUCCUGAGUGUACGUUCUUGGAAGGUGCUCACUGGAUGUUGCUCCAAAGGCAGACCAUGUAGAUGUCCUCGUGGGAAUCGCCUCCAGCGCCAAUUACAAGUGAUGGGGUUUGCAAUACUCAGUGCUGCCGUGGCUCCUCUCACGUGGAUUUCUGUGGCCUUACUGGGAGGAAGUUUCUAUGAAUGUACUGCUACUGGGAGCCCCAUCUUACAGAAAUAUGUGUGCCAAGGCAAAGGGGAAGAAUGCAUCAAAAUUCUGGUUAAAGUGCCUUGUCUCAGCUCUGUCUCUCCUUCUUCUGAACUGGAGAUACUCGCAACCCUUCGAGCUCAAUCACAGGUAUUUGGAUGGAUUUUGAUUGCUGGCAUCUUCACAGUGGCCCUUCUUGCCACCUGCAUUGCUCGCUGCCGUUCUCCAGUCAGCGUUCUUCAACUUGCAUUCUGGAAAGUCUACCUGCAGAAAGAGCAACAACUUUUUGAAACCAUGGCCAAAGAACAUGCGUCGAAGUUAGCAGAGAGGAAUCUUAAAAGCUUCUUUGAUUCCACUGAGUUGGAACCAUUUCAGACCCCAAGCACCAAAGCCUGGGAUAGCAUUUCCUCCUUGUUUGCCUUUAAUCCUAAAGAGAAUUGCUACAGUAUGAUACAUAAAUAUGUCAGUCAAAAAUCUCAAAGUGGUAGCAUUAAGUCUGCUGAAGGAGAUAUAUACCCCAGUUGUUUGCAAUUUGUAGAUGGUCCAAAUAUAGAAGUCUAAAUUUUGUAACAACUGAGAAAAUGCCUCAAACAAGAGCCUUCCUAGCCUCAUAAAGGUGGAAAGGGGAAAUCUAUUUGCUUGCAAGAGUUUGUUAUUGUAACCUUCUAAUAAAAGUAGCAUUAGCUUUCAUAAUUUUGGUUUCCCAGUUUGGUCUACCUUGAAGGCAGUGGUGAAAUCUGAACCGGUUUAGUACCAGUUUGUUGGCUCGCAGUGCAAGCCAAAAGGAGGCAUAGGGUAAGUAGAACAGUGCGUGGAGGGGUGAUCAGCAGUUUUUUACAACCUAUUCGGCUAAAUAGGUUGUAAAAAAUGCUUUUAAAAGAAAAAAAAGGUUCUGACGAUUGCGCGGCUCAGCUGUGAUCAUCAGAGCUUUUUUUUACCUUUUAAAAGCAUUUUUUCAAAGAAGUGGAAAGUGCAUAAGUGGGCAAGUGGGCGACUGGGCGAUUGGAUGGGCAUGGAUGGUGGGGGGGAAGGAUUUUUGCUACCAGUUCUCCGAAUUACCCGCCUCCAUCACUACCAGAUUGGCCUAUCCGGUCCGAACCGGGAGCAUUUCACCCCUGCUUGAAGGGCUGACAACUAUCAAGGCUUGUUAAUAGCUAUGUUACUUCAUUACAUGGAGUGUUCAUAAUUCUUAUUUGUUUCCACACACACACACAUCCAUUUCUGCACAUGUGCUGUUCAUGAUUCUUGUUGUCAGGUUUUCAUUUAAUAAGAAGUAAAACAUCUGCUCUAUCAUGAAUUUUGUCCCAUGUCCUUUCUCUCCAAAUAUAGUUUUUAUUAAGAAUUUUAAUUACAAUAGUAAAAAAUGAAUACAAACUAAAUUUAGGAGAAAGAGAAAAAAAUGGAAAGAAAGAUAGGAAAAAGAUAGGAAAGGAAAAAAGAAGUAUAUAAUAUUGAAAAGAAAAGAAAUAUAUGAAGAAGUGAUUUUCAGCCUUCACUGCAAGUUUAAACAAAUAUAAAUUUUUAUUUUCCAUGAGAGAGGGAGAGAGAGAGAGAGAGAGAGGGAGGGAGAGAGACUUGGAUCAAACAAAGCAACUUUAUAUUCCUUUCUUUUACUUCAAACAAUAAAAUUAAAUAUUUACUUCUUAAUCUUUAAUGCAAUCAAAUACUGUGAUAAGAUUUAAUUUCCCUUCAAUUCUUCUAUACCCCAUGGCAUAGACUUUGUCAAGCUUCUUUUGUAGAUUCAAUAAGAAUUUUUUUUCCAAGUCAUAGAUCAAGAGGGAAAAAAAUCCACAAGCGCAUCAGGAAGGGAUCAAGGUUGUCUCCAAAGCAAAGAUAGACCUCAGCCAGGACCAUGCUUCAGGUUUUCCAAAAUCUUGCUGGUCAGGUAGAAUAGGAAAAAAAAUGAGUUGGCAUCUUAAUGUCGAUUAUGUUGAAAAUACUAGUAGUUAAGUAUCUAAUAAAGAAACUUUUACUGAUUUUUAAUUGAACUUGAUGUGCAUAGUUGUGGUUUACAGGUGAAUAUUUCUCCUACAUUUUUAUAUAUAUUCAGUAGGAUUCUCGACAUGAAGUAUAUUACAUCAAAGAUAGCCUAUUAUUAAAACACAGCGGUCUGCAAUUACUGCAGGUUCUAGUCCCACCAGGCCCAAGGUUGACUCAGCCUUCCAUCCUUUAUAAGGUAGGUAAAAUGAGGACCCAGAUUGUUGGGGGGGCAAUAAGUUGACUUUGUAAAUAUACAAAUAGAAUGAGACUAUUGCCUUAUACAUUGUAAGCUGCCCUGAGUCUUCGGAGAAGGGCGGGAUAUAAAUGUAAAUAAAAAAAAAAGCCAGUUAAAAGAGUAGUGGCAAAUGAGUUUAGAAUUGCAGCUACUUCUUAACAAGUAACGCCUUUAAAAUUGCUAUGUAACUUAUCAGUAAUAUUAAAAGUAGGGAUAGUUAUGGAUGAAAU